CCAGUUAAUUCCUCGAAAAGAUCUUGUCGAGAAACUUUUAUCCCCCACAUCUUCACUAAAAAUUCAAACACCAACACAACAUCUACGAAAAUGUACACUACAUCCGCUGUAGUCGCAACCCUUGCCGCCGUCUCUGGCGUCAUGGCUAACAACGUGGCCCCAAGCGCCGGAUACCUUGCCUACCCGGCUAAGAACAUGACGGCUCCUACUCCCGUCUGGCAAUACUACAACAUGUCGGUCCCGACGACUGUCGUUGUGCCCGAGUUUACUACCGUCUGCCCUGAGGCCACUACCAUGACAUGGGGCGGCGUACACUACUCCGCUACUAAGGGACAGACUAUCACUGUCACGGACUGCCCUUGCACUAUUACCAAGGCCGUUCAAGUCAUGACCUCUUCCCUCUGCGCACCAGGCACCCAACCCACCGGUGCCGCCCCCGCACCUCCGGCCGGCCACCCUAAGGGAGUCCCUGCACCACCCGCGGGUAGCGUCCCAGUCCCUCCGGGUGCAGCUCCCGCCGUUCCUGGCUCGCCUUCUCCCGCAACUCCCAACACGCCCGCGGCUAGCGGUAGCGGUGUUUACCCCGCCCACCCGACAGGUGUCCAAGUCGCAGGCGCUGUCAGGAGUGAAUCCGGCAUCGCCGCAGCGCUUUUCGCCGCCGUUAUGGGUGUUCUAGCUUUGUAAGCAGUCCACCAUCAACGUGAGACCUCCAUCAUCCAGGGAAUUUGAACAUCCGCUUUUUUGGCACACAAGAAAAAUUGAAAAGAAAAGCAUAAUGUUUAUUUAGUUCCAUAUGUCCAGUUUUCCUUGCGUCAUAUCAUUUUCUGCUGUUCAGUAUUUAGAGUUGUUUUGGGAAUCGAUGUAUAACGGGUUGGGUGAGGUUUGGAGGGCAUGAGGUUUGGAACGGGCGUUAUUGUUGCUAUGUUUGAAUAAAAAAAAUACAAUUUUCGGCUGUCCCUGUUUUCUUCGUGCCUGUGCUUGAAUCAAUGGAUUCCUACCUGUGGUUAAGAGGCUCCUUCGUUUGUAUCCCUUUUUAAAAGUUUAGCAUCUAUGUCAUAUGCUACGCCAUGAUUUGUUUCGAUUGCGA